AUGCUUCGCAUGCAGAAUAAUCAGGUUGAGAAAAAAGUGCAGGCGCGGGUUGAGAAAGUGCUCAAAACUAGGAGAAGAGAGCGAUUUACAGGAAGAACACCCAUAGCCAGUAUUCCGCAAGGAGUCCACAUCCCUGUUGAGGUUCUCAGCUGGAACCAAUUCUGCAGCGAUUAUGCUAUGGACUCUGGUAUCACUUUCUUCAACAUACUCCCCAGGUAUUAUACUGACAGCGCACCGACGUGUUGCCGGGAAGCGGUGCACGCUGUAACGCUAGCUAGCUUGGCCCGCAAAUUGCGUGAGUCGGAACUGAUGGCUCGAGCGAGACAGCACUACAGCAAAGCGAUUGCGGCACUGAAUAUCGCUCUGAACGACCCGGUUUUGACUGCGGAGGAUUCUGUUCUGGUUACUCUGCUGUUGUUUUCACUCUUUGAGGUGAGCUUCGCUCUCAGGCUUUUCCCUCUCAGAAUCUCUAGAGUGAGCUUAUUGAUCUGA